AAAAGACAUUCAGAACACAACCAGCAUUCUGCUAAGAGCAAUCCAAACGCAAUCCACUAACUAACAAAAUGUUCAAGCUUUUCGUUGUCCUUUUCGCUGCCCUCUUCGCCUUCGCCGCCGCCGGUCCAUCACCAGUCGCACGUCCAGCACCACUGCCCGUGGCCAGCCCUCAUCCAGCGCCAGCACCAGCACCAGUACCACAAUUCUACUACGGUGGCUAUGCCUCACCCUACUCCUACGCCUACUCUGGCUAUCCAUACUACGGUUAAACAGCAGCGUAGUGCAUAGUUCUCCGGUCAUUGUGUGUGGAGUGCAUGCGUACAAUUACAACUAUGUACCUAUGUAAGCGAGCGUAAGUGAGCUGUGGGAUUAGCGAAAUUCAUACGGAAAUUAUAGAAAGGAUUAUACGAGUACUGAGGCGACUCGACUCGGUUGCAUUUUCCCACUGGUCACAAUAUAUGCUAUUAUUAAUUCACUUAGAGUAAAGCUACACACGUUGGCGCAUGGACUAGAGGACUAAUUGCUCGAUUGUUAAUGGACCAGGGAUAAUGGAUUUCGGAUAAUGCACUUUGACAAAUAUUAAUUAGUUUUAGUCUUGAUUUAAGUAUGCUGUUGUUUGUUUGUCAUUUGAAUAUUCAUUUGACAGCAAAUAUGUAUGUCCUUAUAUGAAAUUGUUAAAAUA